UUUCCAACCAUUAUCGGCUUCUGAUUGAUUAUUAUGCUUCAGAUGGAUUCCAUGAAACCGGAGACAAGAUCGAACGUCAAUGGCUUAAUUCGCACUUUUGCCAAAGUUCUUCGUUUACGUGCAGCUGGAAUCGCUACGGAUAGUGGAAAAAUUCGUCGACUGAAGUCUCGAAACAAGCUCAAGCUCAAGCUCAAGGAUGAUGAGAUUAACAUUAUCGAGCAUCAUUAUCAGUCCAAUGUCGAUUAUAUUGCUUUCAACGGACACCAAUCCAAGUCUUACAAUUAUGAAGAUGAGAAGCUCAAGAACCGGGCGGCCAUUGAAGCUUUUUUAGCGAAGCUCUUUGCGAGUAUUUCGUCUGUGAAAGCUGCUUAUGCGCAGCUCCAGAUGGCUCAGUCCCCAUAUCACCCAGAUGGCAUUCAAGCUGCAGAUGAGAUAGUGGUUUCAGAGCUGAAGCAUCUAUCGGAGCUGAAACAGUGUUACUUGAAGAAACAGAUGGAUCCUUCCACUCAGGUGACGCAGUUGUUGGCGGAAGUUAAAGAACAGCAGAGCCUCUUGAAGACUUACGAAAUCAUGGGGAAGAAAUUCGAAUCACAGCUGAAGCUCAAGGACUCUGAGAUUACCUUCCUCAGGGAGAAACUGGAGGAAUCCGAGUCACAGAAUAGAGCACUAGAGAAGAAACUAAAUCCAAAUCCAAGUGGUUCCAGUGGACCUCUCUCUGUUCUCUUCAAUAAUCUCCACUUGUCAGGCUUAAACCCCAAUCACUUGUUAAUGGUCCUUCGCUACGCAGAGAAAUCCAUUAGGAGCUUCGUGAAGUUGAUGAUCGAGCAGAUGAGAUCAGCAGGGUGGGAUCUUGACGCCGCGGCCGAUUCAGUCGAACCGGGCGUGGUCUACGGGAAACAGAACCACAAAUGCUUCCCAUUCGAGUGCUUCGUGUGUAGAGAGAUGUUUGACGGCUUCCACAUCCCUAACUUCUCUCUCCCAAAUGUGUUCGAGCCCGAAAGGGAUCAACGCCAGCGCUACUUCUUCGCCAGAUUCACAGAACUCAAAUCGGUAAAACCCAUGGAGUUUCUAACCCAUAAGCCCCGUUCUCCGUUUGGGAAGUUCUGCAGAGCCAAGUACCUUCGGCUCAUUCACCCAAAGAUGGAAUCUGCCUUCUUCGGCGAUUUGAACCAGAAGAACUUGGUAAACGUGGGAGGAUACCCAGAGAGUGUAUUCUUCGCUACGUUUGCAGAGAUGGCGAAGAGGGUUUGGCUUCUGCACUGCUUAGCCUUCUCUUUUAAACCCGAAGCUUCGAUUUUUCAGGUUGAGAGAGGGUGUCGGUUCUCUGAGGUGUACAUGGAGAGCGUGGCCGACGACGCGCUAUGGUCGCCCGUGGAUGUGGUGAAGGUUGGAUUCACGGUGAUUCCGGGGUUUCGGAUUGGAAAGACAGUGAUACAGUGUCAGGUGUAUCUAUCUACUGCGUGAAAACGGGUUGUGUAGGGACCGUAUGUCGUGGAUGAUGCGAAUCUUCUUUCGGCCAACAAC